GUUCUGCGCUCACUGCCCGCCCCCAGCCCGGGCGCAGCGCCGAGCGGAGCGGAGCGGCGGGGCCGCCUCCUCCUCCUCCUCAGCGCCCAGGCAGCGGCGGCCGAGCGGGAUCGCCGGCGAUGGCUGAGCUCAAGUCGCUGGGCAGCGAGGCGUACCUGGCGCUGGCCCCGGGCUACGGGCCCUCGGCUUUCGCCUACGGAGCCGUGCGAGGGGGCGCCGAGGGCCCGCGGGGCCCCUACGCGGGGAGCGGCGGGGCGGACUUCCACGCCGGGGCAAUGGGCAAGUCGGCGGAGAGCAGCGGCGAGCAGAGCGGAGACGAGGAGGACGGCUUCGAGGCGGGCGUGAAGGGCAACUCGGGCUUCGAGCGAGAGGGGAAGCUGAAGGGGGGAGCCCUGGGCAAGAAGCCCAAGGAGCAGCGCUCGCUGCGCCUCAGCAUCAACGCGAGGGAGCGGCGGCGGAUGCACGACCUGAACGACGCGCUGGACGGGCUGCGCUCCGUCAUCCCCUACGCCCACAGCCCCUCGGUGCGGAAACUCUCCAAAAUCGCCACGCUGCUCCUGGCCAAGAACUACAUCCUCAUGCAGGCGCAGGCCCUGGAGGAGAUGCGGAGGCUGGUGGCCUACCUGAACCAGGGCCAGGCGCUGAGCGCCCCGCUGCCCGCCACCCUCAACCCCUUCGGACAGUCGCCCGUGUACCCCUUCGGCGGCGCGGCCGUGCCCGCCUGCCCCGAGAAAUGCACUGCCUUCACAGGAGCCGCCUCCGCCCUCUGCAAACACUGUAACGACAAGCCUUGACUUCUGCCUUCUUCCGGCUUUUCCUUUCUUUUGCUUUAGUUUUGGCUUAUUUUUUGGUUUGGGUUGGGGUUUUUUUUUUGUUUUGUUUUGUUUUUGUUUUUUUGGUUGGUUGGUUUGGUUCUUGUCCGUGCACUUUUCUUUUCACUGCCAUCAGCCCUGGCUUCCUUCCAUCAGUUAAGUCUGGGCUUUCUUUUUUGUUCUUCUCUUAAAUACCACCCCCUCCCCAUUUGGAAAUAUUUGGCAGUUCACGUGGACCCCCAAAACACCCACUUUCUACUUUAUUUAGUUCCCCCCUCACAUGCAACUUCAUCUGUAGAGUUAUUUCCUUCCCAGCCUGUCAGUGGAUUGUGAGCGUAAUGUUGCUUUUCGCUUGCUCUGAGCUACAAAGUUUUUGAGCAGUUUUGAAACAGAACUAUAGAAAAACAGAGAGGGAGAGAGAUCUGGAAAUGGAAACCUCAGCGAAUUUGCCUUGGCAUGAUCGACCUGUGUUAAAAAUAGAUUUAAAGGAGGGAGGGGAAGCAAAAUCCAGCUGCAAACUAUGCAAUGUUUCAGAAUCAUGGGCGGAGAGGAUUCUGUGUAGCCAGCUGGGGUUGGACUGCACCCGCAAAUCUAAAUGGAAAUCAUUUGGUCAGUGCUCACGGGAGGGGGGAUGUCCAGUACUCUUGCUUAAAACAGUUGAUGCUUCAAAGUAAGAUGCUUUUUUUUUUUCUCUCUUAAAAAAAUUAACCCUUUACUGGACUGAGAGGAACCUGUGAUUGUAUGCUAAUGCUUGCUGUUUGCCUGUUUCUCAGCUUGGUUAAGUUUUCCAGAUGAUUUUCCAAAGUCGUUGCUCAUCAUGAUGAACAAAGCAAAAGGUGACUUAACAUAUUUAUAUGUAUUUAUAAUAAAUAAAAGACAUGAAUAACCACUUUCUCUGUCCUACAUGUCUCUAAAACCAGCUGGCAGUCCCGGCAGAACCCCUGCUGGAGACAGGUAAAGCAGAAAUGGAUGUGACAGGAGCAGCUGAGUGAACUUAGGGGAAUGUUCAGAAUACUUGUGAAAAGCUUGUGGAUGUUCAGCUCCUUAUCAGCAGUGAUUUGCACUUUUUCCUCCAGUUUCUCCUGAACCAUGAGCACACAAAAAAAGUUGCUUAUGUCUGAGUUAAGCAGGCAGGGGUUUAGGCUGUGUGCUCUGGCAUUUGCUGGGGAAGGCUGUGCCCUGACAGUGGUGUUUGACCGAGGUUGUUGCAGCAGCAAGCUUAGGUCUGAGCACACCCAUGGAAAACAUGGCAGGGAAAGAAAUCGCUUAAAGACUCUGCUUAUCCCUUUGGCUCAGUUUUCUGUUCUAUCCACAGCUUGACCUGUGGCUAAAUCUGUGGUUUGGGCCACUUAAUAUCAUGACUGAACUAAUGAUCUCUUGCCAAUAUUGACUGUGUUCGUACAAGUUACAAAGCGCGUCUCUCGCUGGCUGAGUUCUCGGUGUCGCUUGCGUUGCUUUACUUUGGUUUUCUGGUUUAUGUUGUUCAAUGCUUUGGUGCCUUGUAUGCUUCACUAGUCAUUAUAUAAUAAUGAUAAUAAUAAUUGAGGUGCAUUCAGUGCUUUCUGUUUGGGUUGGAAAUACCCAUCCAAUGUCAGAGCAACCAAGUAAACUGGUACAGUCGCAGCCUCAGGGGCUCGAGCUGUCCGUGGCCAUUUGUGUUAGGAGUGGGGUGUAACUAUUUAGGGUUAUUAAACCAAUUUCCAUGCCUGUCGUUAGUGUUAUGCUAAUUUGAAAAGGACUGCCAUCCCUCUGAAGCGCUUGUCCAUGGCACUUAAUUUUAAUUAAUACAUUUCCAAAAGACUUUUUGUGUUUGGAAAACGAAGUGUGUGAUUAAGCCUUAUUCAUAAAGACAUAUGUUUAAAACUGGUUCCUGCUCAUUUCCAUUUUUAUAUCUUCAUUUCUUUCCUGUAAUUAAAAAAAAAAAAAAGAAAAA